AUAAUCCUUAUGAUUAUUUACAAAGUUUACAAACACUUUACGAAUUAAUAAACAUGGCUGCUGAUAAAAGAUGUAUAAUAUAUGACGUCUGGAAUACUAACAAUACAAAAACAUUUGCAAUAAGCCUUCAGAAGUAUCUGAUGAAAAAAGGAUAUAACACAUCGAUCACAACAAGUCUCGGCCAGGAGAAAAGCUGCCCUAUUAUUACAUUAUGUUUACUGCACUCUCGGCCUGAAGCAGACAUAAACUACACAUUGACCCACUGUGAGCGGGCUAACAGUAUAAUUCUUGUUUUACUGCAUUUCCGGAGUAACGACACAAGGAUGGGUCUAUUUGAUGAUUUAUAUAAAAAGGAUUAUCCAGAUAUAACUGUGUAUGAUUGUUUGCUCCAGCAAGAUUUUGAGAACAUAAAAGAAGUGAAUAAGAAAAUAAAGAAUGAUUUAAAAGAAAGGCGUAAGAAACAAAGGGAUAAACAUAAAUCAGGACAAGCUUGUGCUUCAAGAUAAUAUAAUUCUAAAAGUAUAAAUAAGCAUGCAUGUGACAUUCCGAAUAGACAGCCAUAUAAUAAUACAAUAAUUGAACAGCGGCAUGAGAAAAUGACCCUUAACGUCAUUUAUAAAUAUAUAUUCAAAAUGACGCCAAUUGGCGUUAGCGUUUUCUUUUAUUUAUUCCAAAAGCAAUGGAAAUGGCUAUUUAAAGAAUAAAAUGUCAUUUUAUAAAAAUAGUAAAUGGCGUUGUUGGUUGUUUUCUCAUGCCGGUGGUGGUAUAUAUAUUGAGAUUGUUAAUUUUACAUUUAUGCAUACAAUACUUUUUACUUGCCUUUAAACCUUAAAUAGCGCCUCGUUCAGUAUUGAUGUUGUAUUGUGUAUGAGUGCAAUAGAACUUGAAUUGUACUCAUUAAUGACGCUGUACGGGUAGAAAUGGUCAAAUUUGGUUGAUUGAAUAUGUCGCCGCCCAGGAACGUGGACAAUGAUCCCCGGGAAUAUUUGAAAAGAAUUUGCACUCACCGGUCAUAUAUUAUAACCUUGGUAAACUUAGUACUUGUUCCCCGCUUUUCUUUUAAAGCUUAAUCAUUUACAAUGUAUGUUUAUAAUUAUUUAUUAUUAUCUAUGUUGCAUGCAAACAAUUUUAAUGAUAUAAUUGCAUUUAGUAUCAUUUUCCUCAAGGAAAUUUAUUUUACUAAGUAACGUCCGAUUAAUUCCUUCAAAAGACGCUAAUUUUCAAAUAAAUGUAAUUAUAUUGUUGAAAACUCAAGUGGAAAAUAUUAUUUUUCUUCUGUAAAUAUGAAAUAUUUUUUGAAAAUCAUAUGCAAACGACUAACAAAUUCAAGUAAUGGUUUAUACCUCAAGUAAUUUUCCAAAGACGGUUCAUGCAUUUUGAUGUAUUAUCGUGACGAUUUCUAUUAUUUAGUUUAAAAUUUAAAGGAAUGCUGUUUGUACAUUACAUAUAUAACAAUAAAAAGUCUUUGUUUAUGCUUUACUCCAGCAUGGAACCCCAAUUACAUUUUAGACAAAAUUUACCUUUUUAACUUCACAUGA